CCUUCUCUCUUCUCUUAUAACUUACCACAAAGGCCCAAACCAAACAAACAAAAAAGCUUUGUAUAUUAUCAAUCGAAAUUCGAACCGACUCAACAAUGUCUUCCUCCUCCGCCUCUCUGUCGCAGUUCCCCUCCGUCACGAAGCUUCAGGUCGACUCCGUCACGUUUGAUCCGUCCGUCAAGUCUCCGGCCUCCUCCAAUUCACUAUUCCUCGGCGGCGCCGGUGUCCGAGGCCUUGAUAUCCAAGGAAAAUUCGUUAUCUUCACCGUCAUUGGAGUAUACCUAGAGGGUAACGCCGUACCAUCUCUAUCCGUUAAGUGGAAGGGCAAAACUGCGGAGGAGCUAUCAGAAUCUGUCCCGUUCUUCCGUGAAAUCGUCACCGGUGCGUUUGAGAAGUUUAUCAAAGUGACGAUGAAACUGCCGUUAACGGGACAACAAUAUUCCGAGAAAGUGACGGAGAAUUGUGUGGCUAUAUGGAAAUCCUUAGGGAUUUAUACGGACUGUGAAGCCAAAGCUGUGGAGAAGUUCUUGGAGAUCUUCAAGGAAGAAACAUUCCCUCCCGGUUCAUCGAUCCUCUUCGCUCUCUCCCCUACCGGCUCUCUUACGGUUGCGUUCUCUAAAGAUGAUAGUAUCCCUGAAACCGGGAUCGCUGUCAUCGAGAACAAACUGUUGGCGGAGGCGGUUCUGGAAUCUAUUAUCGGGAAGAAGGGAGUGUCGCCUGGCGCUAGGUUAAGUAUUGCAGAAAGAUUAUCUCAGCUAAUGACGAAGAACAGGGCCGAGGAGGAAGUUAGCGAUCACUCUAUUGAUGAAAAACUAGCCAAAGAGAACUGAGAAUGAUAGAUUUUUCUUGUGUUUUGUGUGUCUUAUGUUUCUAUGUCUAAUUUUCUUAUGUGGAGUGUACUGUGGCACUCAAGUGGAGAACGAAGAACAUGCGUUUACAUGAUAAUAAAGUUUAGUAACUCUG